AUGUUCUCAUCCGCCCAGCCAAUUCGUCCUACCGCCACCUUCAUCACCUGCCAUAUUCCUAUUUCGCACUCGCAAAGCCUGCAUCCCCACAAUCCUCACAGGAUUACACUCCCUUUCAAGACCGAGCGUCAUGGCUUCACCGUCGGUGUGAGUGUCGUCGUCGGUAAUCGACCACUAUUCUCCUCUGAUGAGCUCAUGCUCUCUAGCCGUAACUCUUCAAGGGUAUAUCUCGACACUCGAGAUGUCAUUCGCCAUGGUCAGGCCAUGCGGCGUGUUCCUUGCUAUCUACAGUGCAUGAAUGGUGACGCUGGUGAUCAAACGUGUGCAACUGUUUCGGGCAUGCUGAGGAACAGAGGACAGUCAGGGCUUUAUACGUUGGAAUGCUCAUCAUCUAGCCCAUCCCGUAUUCCGAAUGGCCCCCCUUUACCCACGGGAGAGCUCCAAGAUUAUGUUCGGACGCAUGACUGGGACUUCCCCACCUGUUUCUGUCCCCUUCUUGCGACGGGUACCCCCUCAAAGACCACACUCAUCGUUCCAGUCACGCCUACCUCUGAACAUGUUGGGAGCCCUUGCCUCACUUGUCCGACGAAGCAGUGCUCGUACUUUCUCAACCUUGAGGACCUCGUGGAUAGGUUCCCCGACCUGCCAUGCAAGGUCUUUCCGAAGAAAGACCCUAUCACCCCAUCGUCGAGUCAGUCUACCCCUUCUAAGGCGGCGCGGACUCUGAUUUUUCGAUCUCCGGUCCAACAUGCCAUCAAGUCUGCCCCACCAUCGCCUUCGAAGGCGCCCAAGAGCAUCCUGAGAAAGAUCAACAUCAUAUCCCCUCCUCCAUCGGGCUCAGCAUUCGGAGACGUAUUCACCGCCAACUUCCCCGUCAAGACCGAGGACAUCCCUCCGUCUCUUCAGGCCCUUUUCGAUGAGGAUGCUCUCAAUGGAGGGAGCUCUCGCGAUGCGACCGAGAGUCCCGCUCGGGUCACGUCAGAUGCCGCCAAGCAGGCUUUCCGUGACUUCGAUCGUCGUGAGGCUCAGCUAAAGGGGCGUGGGUAUCACCGAGAUAAUGGCCUCAUAGACGAUCUGACGCGCUUCUGGACUGAUGUCCCUGAGCUCUCCGGUCGCCGAGCAUGCGAUGUUCCGGUCCUUGGAGACAUAGACACUAUGUCAAUCCUCUUCAGACUCGAUGGAGAGAAGGACGCUGGUGUUCCAUACAAGGAUCUCAUUCGUAUCCUCUCUCACUGUGACUGCUGCGGACUCAUCAUGACUCCCCGAAAGCUUCAGCUCCAUUCCUGUGACCUGGACACGCCGUUCGUCGAGACCACUCCCACCCUACACCGCUCCCUCGGCUCCUCUUCUGCCGGACCUUCCUCGUCGCCUUCUGCGCUCUACACUCCAACCCCGGGGCUCAAACGCAAGAGGAAGCUCACCAUCUCCCCUGAACAUAUCCCGAAGAAGGUUCGAGUUUGGGGUAGUGACAAAGGCAAAGGGAAGGAGGUUGUCAAGUCGGGUGUGCGUGUCAUCGAGCAUGCAGACGGAGUUCUCGAGAUUCUGUCGGACUCGGACGAUGAGCUUGAUUUAUACAUUUGUCUUCGUGCUUCCACCAAAACUGCAUCCCUCGAUGGGCGGUUCCACCAUUAUGCUCCGUUGUUUCAUCCCGCGGCUGUGCUCGCCAUGUAA